AAACAGAGGAUUCACUCAGUCUGGCAGCAGCUGCGUGCGAGGCGGAGUCCGUGCGACCUGAUCGAAUUCUACCUGCCUGCCCGUGAGAGAAACCGCCCCCGUUAUCCAGCUGAUCAGCGAGAGGCGAUCGCAGACCGGCGAAAGACGCUCCGACGACCGAGUUUUUAAAGACCCAAGAUGGUUCUUCGAUGGCCGUGCGGCCUGUACUUGAGCACGCGGCAGCGGCUGCUGCACCUGCGGGCCCACCAGCCGCGCUGCUACUCCACCGACGUCGAGUACAAGCCGAUCCGCAGCGUGCUGUGUGCCAACAGAGGUGAAAUCGCCAUCAGAGUGUUCCGAGCGUGCACCGAACUGGGAAUCCGGUCGGUGGCCGUCUACUCGGAGCAGGACAAGAUGCACAUGCACCGGCAGAAGGCGGACGAGUCGUACCUGGUGGGCAGGGGCCUUCCCCCGGUGCAAGCCUACCUCAGCAUUCCGGAAAUCGUGCGAGUGGCCAAGGAGAACGACGUGGAUGCAAUUCACCCGGGCUACGGCUUCCUCUCCGAGAGGGCCGACUUCGCGCAGGCCUGCAUUGAUGCUGGCAUCAGGUUCAUCGGGCCCACCCCCAAGGUUGUCCAUCAAAUGGGCGACAAGGUUGCUGCCAGGCAAGCAGCUAUUGAUGCUAAGGUGCCUAUCGUGCCAGGAACCCCUGGACCUAUCACCACCUCUGAGGAAGCAGUCGAUUUCUGUCGGAAGCACGGUCUUCCGGUUAUUUUCAAAGCAGCAUACGGAGGGGGUGGUCGAGGAAUGCGAGUCGUUCGAAAAAUGGAGGAAGUGGAAGAAAAUUUCCAAAGAGCCAGCUCAGAGGCUUUGUCGGCCUUUGGAAAUGGUGCCAUGUUCAUUGAGAAAUUCAUAGAGAGGCCUAGACACAUUGAAGUGCAGAUUCUCGGCGACAAGGCAGGCAAUGUCGUUCAUCUGUACGAGAGAGACUGCUCUGUCCAAAGAAGGCAUCAAAAGGUCGUCGAGAUUGCCCCUGCCCCCAACCUAGACAAAAAGGUGCGAGAUCAAAUGACUGAACACGCAGUUCGCCUUUGCAAAUCGGUCGGCUACGAAAAUGCAGGAACCGUUGAGUUUUUGCUUGAUGAAAACGGAAACUUCUUCUUCAUCGAGGUUAACGCUCGCCUGCAAGUGGAACACACAGUUUCAGAGGAAAUUACCGGAAUCGACUUGGUGCAGAGCCAGAUUAGGAUUGCCGAAGGCAUGACUCUGCCUGAGCUUGGAAUGACGCAGGAUACAAUAACCAUGCAGGGCAGCGCCAUCCAGUGCAGAGUGACCACGGAGGACCCUGCGAAAAACUUCCAGCCGGAUACUGGACGCAUUGAGGUCUUCAGAAGUGGAGAGGGCAUGGGAAUCCGUCUGGACGGUGCUUCUGCUUUCGCCGGUGCCCAAAUUUCGCCGUACUACGACUCCUUGUUGGUGAAGGUGAUCGCUCACGCGGGAGAUCUGCAGGCGUCCGCUUCCAAAAUGAACCGAGCCCUCCGUGAAUUCCGAGUUCGUGGAGUGAAAACGAACAUUCCAUUUUUGCUGAACGUGUUGGAGAACCAGAAGUUUUUGAACGGCACCGUCGACACCUACUUCAUCGACGAGCACCCGCAGCUAUUCCAGUUCAGACCGUCGCAAAACCGGGCCCAGAAGCUGCUCAACUACCUGGGCACUGUUCUCGUCAACGGACCAUCCACACCCCUUGCUACAAGCCUGAAACCUGCUGAGGUCGUUCCCCACCUACCCGAGAUUCCAAUGAAUCUUAAAGCUGCCUCUGAGGCAAGUGAAAGUGAAGACGAGUGUGAAUAUGCUUUCAAGCCUCCCAACGGAUUCCGCCAAAUUUUGUUGGCUGACGGGCCCGCGGGCCUCGCCAAGGCUGUCAGGAAUAACAAGGGUCUCCUGCUGAUGGACACGACCUUCCGCGACGCCCAUCAGUCCCUCUUGGCCACCCGCGUGCGCACCUUCGACCUGCUCAAGUCGUCGCCGUACGUGGCGCACAACUUCAACGGCCUGUUCGCCUCUGAAAACUGGGGCGGUGCUACAUUCGACGUCGCCCUGCGCUUCUUGCACGAGUGUCCCUGGGAGCGUCUCGAGGAGAUGAGGAAGCUGAUCCCCAACAUUCCGUUCCAAAUGCUGCUCCGCGGUGCUAACGCUGUCGGAUACACCAAUUAUCCGGACAACGUCGUUUUCAAGUUCUGCGAGCUCUCUGUGCAAGCGGGAAUGGACAUUUUCCGCGUCUUCGACUCGCUGAAUUACCUGCCGAAUUUGAUCCUCGGAAUGGAAGCUGCUGGAAAGGCCGGCGGCGUGGUCGAAGCUGCCAUUUCCUACACGGGAGACGUGUCUGAUCCCUCGAGGAAGAAGUACGACCUCAACUACUAUCUCAAUCUGGCCGAUGAGCUUGUCAAAGCAGGCACUCACAUUCUCUGCAUCAAAGACAUGGCCGGUCUUCUGAGACCCACGGCCGCCAAGCUGUUGAUUUCUGCCCUGCGUGAGCGCCACCCUGACAUGCCCAUCCACAUCCACACGCACGACACGUCUGGAGCUGGAGUCGCCUCCAUGCUGGCCGCUGCCGAGGCUGGCGCCGACAUUGUGGACGUUGCCGUCGACUCUAUGUCUGGAAUGACCUCUCAGCCCAGCAUGGGCGCCAUUGUCGCUUCUUUGAAGGGAACUGAGCUUGACACAGGCAUCGAGCUGAGCAAGGUCAGCGAAUACUCGGCCUACUGGGAACAGGCUCGAACUCUGUACGGACCGUUCGAGUGCGCUACAACCAUGAAAUCCGGAAAUGCUGACGUUUACAUGAACGAAAUUCCUGGCGGCCAGUACACGAACCUUCAGUUCCAAGCCUUUUCUCUUGGUCUCGGCGAUUUCUUCGAAGACGUGAAAAAGGCCUACAGAGAAGCGAAUCUGUUGCUGGGAGACAUCAUCAAGGUGACUCCGUCCUCGAAGGUGGUGGGCGACCUGGCGCAGUUCAUGGUGCAGAACAAACUGUCGGCGGAAGAAGUGUUGGAGAAGGCGGAGGAGCUCAGCUUCCCCAAGUCGGUGGUCGAGUUCUUGCAGGGCAGCAUCGGCGAGCCCUACGGCGGCUUCCCGGAGCCCCUGCGCUCCAGGGUGCUAAAGAACAUGCCCAGGGUGGAGGGAAGGCCCGGUGCGUCGAUGCCACCCAUGGACUUUACGGCCCUGAAGAAGGACCUGCAAGAAAAGCAUCCGCACAUCUCUGACAAGGACGUCAUGAGCUCCGCCCUUUAUCCGCAGGUGGCCGAAGAAUUCUUCGACUUCAGGGACAGUUUCGGGCCUGUUGACAAACUGGACACUCGCAUCUUCCUCACGGGACCCAAAGUUGGAGAGGAGUUUGAGGUCACAAUUGAGAGAGGAAAAACUCUUGGGAUUAAAACUCUGGCCAUGGCCGAAGAUCUGACGGCAAACGGCGAGCGGGAGGUGUUCUUCGAGCUGAACGGACAACUGAGAUCUGUCUUUAUUAAGGACAAGGAGGCAGUCAAGGAGCUGCACAUCCAUCCGAAAGCACAAAAGAAUGUGCGUGGCGAAGUGGGCGCCCCGAUGCCCGGGGCCGUUAUCGAAAUCAGGGUUCAAGAGGGGGAUAAAGUGGAGAAGGGAGCGGCUCUUGUCGUCCUCUCUGCCAUGAAAAUGGAAAUGGUGGUGCAGUCGCCGGUGACUGGCAUUGUCAAGUCGAUCGUGGCCACCAAGGGGAUGCGCCUCGAGGGCGAAGAUCUGCUCAUGACCAUCGAAGAAAAGUGAAAAAAGUCUCCUUUGAUCAGGGCUCUCUGUUAACGUAAAAAAAAAGAAAGAAAAUGUUCUUCCAUAGCUCCUAUAUUGCUUCUCUUAUCAUACAUUGUUGUCCAUUUAUAUUUUUUAUACUUGUUAAUACUGAAUUCUGCAUUUUUAUGAUGAAGAGCUUGUUGUUUUUUGGGUAGAAAUGUACGAGUUUAGGCAGAAUUAUCAAGACUGUUGCAAACAGACGAGAAAAAUCUGUGCUUGCCCUCAAACAAAGUUGUCAAACACACACAAUACCGCGCUUUCUGGAAAGCAUAUCUGUGACACGAUUACGUCUAUAGAUUUAUGAAACCAUUAAACAAAGUCUGUAUGGUAUAA